AUGAUUAGUUGUUUUCGUCAAAUUCAAAUUUUAAAUAUUGUAAAACAAUCUAAUGAUAAAUUUCCAAAUGCGACUAAACUUACAUUUUGUGACGAUUUUGAAGUACCACGUGAUUUCAUUAUACUUGAUUCAAAUCACAUUUUUCCAUUGAAAAAAAUUACUAAAUUAUCCAUUGAAUGUCAUCAUUUUUCUUUUGAACAAUUAAUUGAACUUUUACAAUUUACAUCGAAUGUUCAUACAUUGAAACUUGAUUCAAUAAUAAUACUUCAUCGAAAUAAUUCGAAUUUAAUUCAACAAAAUCCAUUAACUCAAUUAGUGUCCGAGACAAAUAUUAUAACAAAAGUAACAAUUCAUAAAGAAAUCACAUUAGAAAAAAUACAAUUAUUAACUGCUGUUUUUCGUCGAAUGGAAAAACUUACUAUUACCUUAUUCAAACAAGAUUUAGAAUCUAUAGCUCAUUUUUUAUUGUCAAAACCUAAUAACGAUACUCGCUAUUUAUUUUCAUCAUGGAUUUCAAAACAACGUAGUGAUCUGAUGAUAAUAUUGAUAAAUUUAAUUAGAUCGAAAAAACUUUGUGAUUAUAUUCUAAAAGUUAUUAAUUGA